AUGAUGGAACUGCGAAAUUCUUUUACUAAGGUGUCAGAGUACGGAGGCGGAGCGCGCGUGGUGUGGGCCAUGUCGGCAGGCGACAGGGAAUCUGAGGCGCAAGCCAAGAAAGGUGAAGAAGGCGCAAACAAUGAGAGGGACAGCCGGGCCGCAGCGGCUCUCAAACGAAACUGGUGCCUGGGGUUGAGAGUUAUUGAAAUGAUAAUCUCCGUGAUCGCGAUUGGUUUGAUCGUGGGCGCUCUGUACUCGCCUCAAGUUGUGCAGUCGGAUCACCGACAUAUCGCUCUUAUAUUUUCAGCGUAUUCAAGCUUCAUUAUCAUCACCGGUGUGCUGGUCAUCGCGAGACUGCUCGGCGAGUCCGCCGGCUGGAGGACAUCAAUCGGCUUCUCUGUUCUGGGCGUCAUUAUGUUCGCAGCUGCGGCCGGAGUUAUUUUCUAUGACUGGCACAAGUCCUACUACGCUAAUCUCCGCCCAAACAAAGAAGCCUACAACCUGCUCAUCUCUUCUGGCGUUUUCUCUGUUUUGAACGCCGCCAUUUUCCUCAUUCAUGCCUUUUUCACUUUUAGAAAAGAAGCAGACUAUUAA